AUGCGCCUGUCUGCUUGUGUGUCCGUGUGGGCGUGUGUGUGUUGAGCAUAAAUACACGGGAGACUGGAAGCUGCCUCUAUUCAUCUUCCAGGAGAAGUUGGAGAGCCUGACUAAAGGCAUACUUGGCCCAGAGAGGCUCAGCAAAGCCACCUUGCCUCCAGGUGCCUCCCGGAACCCACUUUGGGCUUGAACCUCCUCCUCUUUGCCCCUUCUGCCCACCAGAGAGAGAUCCCGAGAGCAGCAGCAUGUCCCUGGCAGUGAAGGAGAAGAGCCAGGUGCGGCUGGUGUUCCUGGGGGCGGCCGGGGUGGGCAAGACGGCCCUGAUCCAGCGCUUCCUCCAGGACACCUUUGAGCCCAAGCACCGGCGGACGGUGGAGGAGCUGCACAGCAAGGAGUACCAGGUGAGCGGUGCCACCAUCAAGGUGGAGAUCCUGGACACCAGCGGCAGCUACUCCUUCCCGGCCAUGCGCAAGCUCUCCAUCCAGAACAGUGAUGCCUUCGCUUUGGUCUACGCCGUGGACGACGCCGAGUCCUUUGAGUGCGUCAAGUCCUUGCAUGAGGAGAUCCUGGAGCUGAAGGAGGACAAGUUCCCCCCCAUUGUGGUGGUGGGCAACAAGGCGGAGGUCGGCGGGCUCCGGCAGGUGCUUCCCGAGGAUGCCCUGUCGCUGGUGGAGCUGGACUGGAACAGCCGUUUCUUGGAGGCAUCUGCCAAGGAGAACGAGAAUGUGGUGGAGGUCUUCAGGGAGCUGCUCCAACAAGCCAACCUGCCCAGCCGGCUGAGCCCGGCCUUGCGCAGGAGACGGGAGACCUUGCCCAAAGAGCCUCCCCUUCGGCCCCCCAUGAACAAAGCCAACAGUUGUACUGUCUGUUGAACCAGGGGAGAGUGACAGCUGCUGUAUAUACAUGACUACAGAUGUGUACAGCCCCGGCAGCCAGCAUACAGAGAGCCGAUCGCAACAGCCCUCACCACAGUCAGCAUUAUGGUACUACUCAGUCUCAUUUUUUGUUUUUGUGUUUUGGGGAGGGUGCUUAGAAAUAAUUUGUGAACUUGCCAUAGCUUGCCAUCAUGAUGACCCUUGUGAUUCCAGCCUGAAAGCCACAGGUAUUGUGUCCAUUUCAUGCAUUCAUUUUUGAAUUGACACCCAAAGAAUCGGGUAUCUCCGAUUCCUGUCCAUAGUGUUAGACCUAGGAUCUGCCUUGUCCCUGAUCCCAACCAAGACUGGAAGUGAUUCCUUUUGGUCAUGGACUUCAGUGAGAACCACUUGGAAAUGAGUGACUAAGGAGCAAAGCAGAGAUGAGCAACCAAAUAGACCGAGGUUUGAAGUGAGGUGGCUGUUGGUGGUGCGGUGCAAAGUCAGAACGCAAGAUUUGGCCAUCUUUUAGGUGACACAACAUCUGUUUGCAUUUCCUAAGUGACUAAACAAGACUCUGUAUACUUGAAGAUCAGAAGGACUUUUUGUGUGUAUAUCUACUGAACAACAGGUGUGUGCUGUGAACACAAGGUAUAUGUGUGUGUGUAUCUGUGUGCGUAACCCUUUCUAUUUUACUUUCCACAUUGACUCCUUGCAUGCACAUGCUAUUUAUUGCUCAAAUUUGGUUUUACUUUGAGAUGACAAUUAUGUCUGAGGAAUUUCUGCAUAUAUACUAUGGAUCGAAGUAUUCCAUGGGUCAGUUUGUCUGGUCUGGGUUAUUAUUUUUUAAGAAUUUCAAAGUUAGUAUCUAAUAAAACAAAAUGAAAAUA